ACGCACACCUGGAAGACACCAGAUCUCUGGUUCUUCAGAGCCAAAUGGUUGUCAGUUUUACCAAAAGACUGUCUACAAAAUCCUUCAUGAAUGUGUACUCCAUUGGGCAGGUGGGGAAACCAAAGCAGGAAUUGCUUGGAACUCCUACAACUCAAAUCAGCACAAAAGGGGAGAGGUGGAAAAGAUUUUAACAGAUCUUUUGCAAAAGAAAAUAUAUGAAUGGCCAAGAAGCACAUGAAAAGCUGUUCGACAUCACUAGUUACCAAGGAAAUGCAAAUUAAAACCACAAUGAGAUACUACUGCAAACACACCCAACGUGGCAAAAACGAAAAAGCCCCCCAAAUUAAAUGUUCACCAGGAUGUGGAGCAAUGGGGACUCUCAUACAUUGUUGGUACAAGUAUGAAAUGACACAUUUUGGAGAAAGAUCUAGCAGUUUCUUGUAAAAUUAAACAUAUACCUAUUCUUUGACCACUCCUAAAUACUUACCUAAAAGAAAGGUAAGCAUAUGCCUACAAAGAAACGUGUAUAGCAGCCUAGCUCAUAAGAACUAAAAAUUUGAAAGAGCUCAGGUGUACAUGGACAGGAGAGCAGAUGAACUAUGGUAUAUUCAAUGUAUGAAUACUACACAGAAAUGAAAAGACACAAACUGCUGAUACAUGCAAGAACAUGAAUGAUUCUCCAAAACAUUCUUCCCAUGAAAGAAACCUUUUACAAAAAAGUAUACAUACUAUAUGAUGAUUUCAUUUAUACGAAGCUGUAGAACAGAUUAAUCCAUUUUCUGGAGAAAAAUCAGAACAGUGGUUGCAUCUGGAAGGCAGGGGUCACAGACAUUGACUGACAAGGGGCAUUAGCCAACUUUCAGGGAUUUUCCAAACAUAUCUUGAUAAGAGUUACACAGGUGUAUCCACUUGUUGAACUCAAUGAAUGUGCACUAAAGAGUUGAGCAUUUCAUUGUUUGUAAAUUUUACACCAAAAGAAAAAUGUAAACAACUAUUGAAUUCUAGUUAAUGAUAUGCAUGCUGAACUAUUUAAGGGGAAGUGUCCUUAUGUUUGAAAUUUCUUUGAGAUGCAUCAAAACAUAAAAUGAAUUGGGGGAGAUAGAGGCUGAUACUUGAUAAAACAAGUGCAGUAACAUGUUAAUAGUGGAAUCUAGGUGAUGGGGAUACAGAUGUUCACUGUAACAGGUAUUCAUCCUUUCAACUUUGUUGUAUGUUUGAGAUUUUUCAUAAUAAAAGGGUGAGUUAUUUGAGGGUUUUUCAGGAAAGUUCUUGGCUAGGCUUCGGACAGGGCAAAUAGAGACACGAAUCUCAGGGAGACAGGAGCCCGGCAGUGUGACCUUGCAAAAGUAAUAACAUUUUUAAGUCUGUUUCUUCAACUAUCACGGAGGCACAAUGGGAGUCGGUAUUAUUAAGAACUUUGUCGUGGGGAAAGGGGUCCUCAAUCCACGUCCCAGCCACGCCACGUGCCCACUGCCGUUUGUGCCCUAUCAGCGCCCCUUUACACUCAGCAGCCCUUCAAGGGCCUAUCUUGGCAGUCGCUGUGGUAGCCGCACCCUGGCUUCCGGGACGGCACCGGAAGUCGCUUCUCAGACGCUCUUCCUAUUGGAGGCCGGCCUUUCGCGGGGGCGGGGCCAUUGGGAGGCGGAAACAGCCUCAGGUAUGGCGGCGGCAACGCUGCUUUGUCUGCUGGUGCUGCUGCUUCUCGGGCCGGGCGUCUGGGGCCACGCAGAGCCCCCACGCGACAGCCUGCGGGAGGAGCUCGUCAUCACCCCACUGCCUUCUGGGGACGUAGCCGCCACAUUCCAGUUCCGCACGCGCUGGGAUUCGGAGCUGCAGCGGGAAGAAGUAUCUCAUUAUAGGCUCUUCCCCAAAGCACUGGGGCAGUUGAUCUCCAAGUAUUCUCUACGGGAGCUGCACCUGUCGUUAACCCAAGGCUUCUGGAGGACUCGAUAUUGGGGGACACCCUUCUUGCAGGCCCCAUCAGGUGCAGAGCUGUGGGCCUGGUUCCAAGACACCGUCACUGACGUGGAUAAGUCCUGGAAGGAGCUCAGUAACGUUCUCUCAGGGAUCUUCUGCGCCUCUCUCAACUUCAUCGACUCCACCAACACAGUCACGCCUAGCGCCUCCUUCAAACCCCUGGGGCUGGCCAAUGGCACGGAUCACUCCUUCCUGCGCUAUGCGGUGCUGCCUCGGGAGGUCGUCUGCACUGAGAACCUCACCCCGUGGAAGAAGCUCUUGCCCUGCAGUUCCAAGGUGCCCUGCCGUGCGGGGCACUGGCCUUUUCUCUCUUGCCACCUCCUCCAGGCAGGCCUCUCCGUGCUGCUGAAGGCCGAUCGCCUGUUCCACACGAGCUACCACUCCCAGGCAGUGCAUAUUCGCCCUGUUUGCAGAGAUGCACGCUGUGCCAGCAUCUCCUGGGAGCUGAGGCAGACCCUUUCCGUUGUAUUUGAUGCCUUCAUCACGGGGCAGGGGAAGCAAGACUGGUCCCUCUUUCGGAUGUUCUCCCGAACCCUCACAGAGCCCUGCCCCCUGGCCUCGGAGAGCCGAGUCUAUGUGGACCUCACCAACUAUAGCCAGGACAAUGAGACAUUGGAGGUGUACCCGCCCCCGCUCACCACGUACCAGGACGUCGUCCUGGGCACCCGGAAGACCUAUGCCGUCUACGACCUGCUGGACACAGCCGUGAUCAACAACUCGCGCAGCCUCAACCUCCAGCUCAAGUGGAAGAGACCCCUAGGGAAUGAGGCCCCAACCACGCCCUUCCUGUACGCCCAGCGGUACGUGAGCGGCUACGGGCUGCACAACGGGGAGCUGAGCACGCUGCUGUAUAACACCCACCCGUACCGUGCCUUCCCCGUGCUGUUGCUGGACACUGUGCCCUGGUACUUGCGGCUGUACGUGCACACCCUCACCAUCACCUCCAAGGGCAAGGAGAACAAACCAAGUUACAUCCACUACCAGCCUGCCCAGGACCGGAUGCAGCCCCACCUCCUGGAGAUGCUGAUUCAGCUACCGGCCAGCUCGGUCACCAAGGUCUCCAUCCAGUUUGAGCGGGCGCUGCUUAAGUGGACCGAGUACACCCCGGACCCCAACCACGGCUUCUAUGUCAGCCCAUCUGUCCUCAGUGCCCUCGUGCCCAGCGAGGUGGCCGCCCAACCCGUGGACUGGGAAGAGAGUCCCCUCUUCAACACCCUCUUCCCAGUCUCCGACAGCUCCAGCUACUUUGUGCGGCUCUACACGGAGCCACUGCUGGUGAACCUGCCCACGCCGGACUUCAGCAUGCCCUACAACGUCAUCUGCCUCACGUGCACGGUGGUGGCCGUGUGCUACGGCUCCUUCUACAACCUCCUCACCCGGACCUUCCAGGUUGAGGCGCCCAGCAAGGGCGGCCUGGCCAGGCGGCUGGCCAACCUCAUCCGGCGUGCCCGAGGCGUCCCCCCUCUCUGAGGCGUGCCCUGCUCACAGUGGGGCUGCUCUUCCUCUCCGAGGUGGGCGGCGACUGACCCCCAGGUCUCCUCCUGCCGCCUGCCCUCCCCCGAGGCAGUUUCCGAACCAAGCUGACCCCUGGAUUGGGCCAGGCCUAGAGUGGCGCUAUCAGGACAGUAGCCAUGAGCCAGAUGUGUGUUUGAAUUGAAAUUAAUUUAAAUUGAAAGUGUACUUCCUCAGCCGUACUAGCCCCACUUCAAGUGCUCGGUAACCAGAAAUGAUUAGCAGCUGCAGCCCUGGGCAGCGAGGACAGAUGUUUCCAUCACUGCAGAAAGGUUUGUUAUACGGUGGCCUGGAUAACAGGGUGUGCUGAGGAAUUCGUAUCGCUCUGUGGUAGGUGAGGUUUACUGGGUGUGGAAUAAAAAGUGCCUAAUUCCUUGCUUCCUUGCCUCCUGUCCCUGAGGCCUGGGAAGAGCCAGGGACUAGGGUGUGUUUGCUGGGUGCCUGAACAGGACCUCCUACCCCAUCCCCUACUCCCCACCAAAGAAACAACCAACCACCCAAAUAAAAUUCCCCUACCUCCUCCCACCCCUGCCAGAAAUUCCUUCUGUCUCCUGCUUCCCUCCCCGCCCACCACCGUCUGACUGUAAUUCCCAGAACUCCCUGGGUUUGGCUGGGAGUGUUUUAUGUCAGCAUUUCCAUGACCAGGAAAAUGAAUCAUCGUGCGCCUUUUAGGAGCCCUGAGAACCAGUCCCCUAUCACCAAGCGUAGGGCUGGAGAGAUGGAAGAGCUCUGCGUGGUGGUUUUCCAACCAGACUGAAUUAGAAUCAUCUGGGGCACUUGUGAAAUAAUGCGGAUUCCUGGGGUCCAGACCCUGUGAGUUCAGUCGUUCUGGGUGUAGCCUAGCCUUCGAGUUUUUAUGUUUUUAUCAGGCUCCUCUGGAGCUUCUGUUGCAGGUGGUCCUUAGACCACCCACAGGCUUUGAAGCCCACCACCGCCUACCUCUCCUGGUCGUAAACCCUGGAUUCCUGUAAAACAAGUCCUUAGGCAGAUGUCUGCCCUACCCCCAUUGUCUGUCUCUUCUUCUGACACUUGGCUCAACUGUAUAAGCUAGUUUGUGGUCUGCCUCUCCCUCCCCCAGUUCUCCCAUCAUAGUGGUUUGGUGGAUUGCCCAUCAAACAGAAUGCCCUGCUCCACCAACCACACACACCCCUCAACUGCUAGGUUCACUCUGACUGACAAAACCAGGUGAGAUGUUGCUUCCUCCAGGAAGUCUUCCCUGAUACACCAAGCUGCUGUGUGCCUCUCCCCUCCUUGGACUUAGCUUUCAUGUUCCUUAUCAUCCUGGCUGUUACUUUCCUUUACCUUCUAUUAGACUAGGAGCUUCCUGGAGGCACAGGGGCUGUCCUCCAUCUGGCCCUGACUGCACUUAGGACAAGUAAGUGCUCAGUCAACAGAUGUAAAUGUAUGAAUGGGUGUGGGCUAUUCUGGCUUGGGUUCUGGGGUCUAGAGGUAGGGAUGGGUAGGGUGAGGGGCUUUCUAGGAACCCCACAAGUAUGAGUGCAGAAUCUUUAACACAGUAUAGGAUUGGUCAUGUCUGUACAGCUAACAGAUGGGACUGUUCAGGUUACCUCUGAAGGUUUUCCAAGAGCCUCUAGAACAUACAAACGAUGUGUGUGUGUGUGUGUGUGUGUGUGUGUGUGUGUCUAGGAAGGGAGGUGAUGUGAGUGAGCUAGUCCAGACCAUGGGCAAAAGCAGCUGGGUCAAGAUGCUUUUACUCAAGUGGUGUUCGCUAUACUUGCCAUUAUUUAACCUAAUGGAGAGGGUAUUACUGUCCCCACUUCACAAAUGAAGAAACUGAGGCUCGGAGAGGUUUGGUAAUUUCCCCAAAAUCAUAAGACCUGUAAAUUGAGAGAGGCUUGGGAUUUAAACCCAUAUCCAAUUUCAAAUCCCAAGUGCUGUGUCCUACAGCCUCUCAUAACUUGACAUCAAGAUGUUUGUUGUAGCUUUGUUUAUAAUUGCGAAGAAUUAUAAUUUGGAAAAAAUGUAAAUGUUCACCAACAGGGGAUCCAUGGGCCAUUAUGCAGUCACUAAAAAGCAUAGUGUUGGGACUUCCUUGGCGGUCCAGUGGUUAAGACUCUGGCUUCCACUGCCGGGGCACCGGGGAAGUAAGAUCCCGCAUGCUGCACAGUGUGGCCAAAAAACAAAAAGCAUAGUGUUGAUCUGUACGCAUCAGCAUGGAGAGAGGUCCAUAACUUUUGUUGAAUAAAAAAACCAAAUUACAAAAUCGGAGAUCUAGUAUGAUCUGCAGAUGUAAAAUAUAUGUAUAAACCAGUAGAAUGAUGACAUGGAAGUUGUUCACCAAUAUAUUUAGAGUAGUUAUCUCUGGGUGGUAGAAUUUAAAGGGAUUUUUUUUU